CGAGAGUCGCCUCUGUGCCGCGCGCCUUUCGUACUGUGCGUGACGUGUUUAGUGGACUUUUUCCGUAGCUCGCAUUAUUGAUACAAGGCGAAGUUGAGAAGCCGAAAACGACAAAGGAAAAUCUUUUGAAAGCCGAGCUUAGGGCUCAUGAAUACGACAUUAGCGGUCGGCUGACCCACUAUGUUGAUUUAUAUCCCGGUGAUCCAUCACCCCUGAUAAACGGGCUAUGAGAUAUCUACACGCUUAACGUGUCAUAAGACUUUCAUUAGUAUAAGUUUUUGAAGCGUAAACAUGUGAAUCGAGUAAAAUGCGACGUCGACCGCUACCAUCUGUGCGCGAGGAAGCGGCUACCAAAUCAUGGAGGAGUGUUUGUGAAAAUGAGUGGGUGACGUAUACUUUGGUUGCGUCUGUCGGUGCUUUGAUCUAUUCAAACAGUCUGAAUGGCGAAUUCGUCCAUGAUGAUAUCCCAGCUAUCGUGUCUAAUGGGGACGUCAAUGGCGCCAAUUCGGUGUUAAGGAUAUUCAAAGAUGAUUUCUGGGGUACACCGAUGUCUGAUCCACAUAGCCAUAAAUCGUAUAGGCCGUUGACAACAAUCACAUUUAGAGUAAAUUAUGCGCUAUGCGGCGUAUCUGCAUGGUGGUGGCACCUCUUCAACGUCAUUCUUCACGCCGCUUGCUGUGCGCUGGUGGCCAGAACUGGCGUACUGAUAGCGCGACUCCAACGGCCUUUUGCAGCACUGGCAGCCUUGCUAUUUGCGGUCCAUCCUAUUCACACUGAAGCGGUGUCGGGUGUCGUGGGUCGCGCAGAUGUGUUGGCGUGUUUUUUCUUCCUUUCUUCUCUCCUACUUUAUCACGGUUGUACCAGUCGGCACCGCGUGGUAUGGAGUGUGGUGAUGGCGGCUCUCAGCAUGUUCGCUAAGGAGACUGGUCUCACUGCGCUUCUAUUUAAUAUUGUCUUUGACUUAUACAGAUGCUGGGGAACAUUAUUCAGAUCUCCUGUUCGUUGGCGAUGGAAAGGCGAUAAUGUAUGGAGCCGAGUGAGCAGGGGUCUCUUGGCUUUGAUCAUAUUAGCGGGAUUCCGUCUGAUACUUUUACAAGGAUCUCUUCCAGCAUUUUCAGCACAAGAUAAUCCUCCAGCCUUUCAUCCCUCAUUCACUGUUAGGUUGUUGACCUUCUGCUACCUGGCCGCGUUCAACUGGUGGCUCCUGAUAUGUCCCUGGACCUUGAGUCACGAUUGGCAGAUGGGUUCAGUACCACUCGUAACCACGCUCUGGGACUAUAGGAAUCUGCUCACUGGAGCUGCCAUUUUGGCCUUGCUGGCCUUGACCUACAGAUUUGUUAUGGACUUAGAGCUACAACGACAUACACCAGCAGUGGCAGGUCUGUUGCUGCUCAUCAUCCCUUACUUGCCAGCUUCGAAUUUACUGGUCACUGUGGGGUUUGUUGUCGCUGAAAGAGUGCUUUAUAUACCAAGUGUGGGUUCAGUAUUACUGACGGUGUGUGGGAUGCAGGCGCUAUGGCGUCGUGGGGGUGGGAGUGGGAAGCGGCUGAUGGCGCUUGGCGUGGCCGUGGUGGUGGCCGGUGGGGCUGCACGAACGGUGCUACGGAACCAGGACUGGCGUACAAGGGAGACGAUACUCAGAGCUGACCUAGCCGUUUUGCCUCACAACGCGAAAUUGCAUUACAAUUUUGCAAACUUCCUGAAAGACAUCGAGCAACAAGAGAACGCAAUCAAACACUAUAAAGAAGCGUUGCGACUCUGGCCUAGUUACGCGAGCGCGCACAAUAACCUUGGCACGCUGGAAGUCUGGUCGGGACGCGCUGAGCAGCACUUCCUUCUGGCUCUGCGGUACAACGCGAGGCACCUCAACGCGCACUAUAACCUGGCGAGGCUUUAUCGCAAAAAGAAUCGCAUCGCGGAAUCCUUGAAGAUGCUUGAGCGCUGUAUUUCCCUGGAGCCUCGGUUUGUCCCCGCCCACGUGGAGAUGUUCCUGACAGCUGCCGGCCAAGACAAGCACGCCGCCUUGCGCCGACUGUUAGACCUGGAGCCACGCAACUGGGAACAUUAUUUCCGCUACGGGAACUGGCUAAAGGGGAAAGGUCUGUGGGCUUUAUCCCUAAAAUACUACCAAAGUGCUGUUCGGGUUUCAUAUGUAACAUCCCGUCGUGCGGCUCUGCCUCCGUUGACGGCCGCCGCUUUGCUGCUGCGUCGGGAUGGACAAAGGAUGAGAUUGCUGCAUCUACUCACUAGGUGGCAGGGUGGGCGUGGGGCGGGCGGCGCAGCGGAGCGGGCUUGGAGGCUUAGGACAGAGCUUGCAGGGCGGGCGGCGCGAUACACACGGGUAACACAGUCAAAAUCGACCUGUCUCCAUCACAGCCACCUCGAAGUAUCGGCACAUUCAUAUCGAACUAACGAAUAUACAGACAUUCACGUAAAGUCCGAAUGUCAAACUCUCCCAGCGACAACAAACCCCCAAUUUAAACCCACACACAACAAAUCCGAGACAAAACUCAAAAGUUGUCCGUUGAAGGACAGGAAUGGGCCCGACCCAUUCGCUUUGGUUUCUGACCAUUUAAAGACUUAUUAGGUAUAAGGAACAUAGAUUGUGAUUAAAAUUAAGUCGUUUUUGGAUGAAGGUACUCUCUCGAUAACGAUAGCUAACCAUUGAAAUACCGUUUUUAUACCAAAUUUGUUAUAUUAAAUGGAUUUGUAAGAAACUUUAAGUGGUAUUAACGAUUCGAUGACGCAACAAUAUUUUGAGGUCUGGUCCUCAGAUUUCUGUAUCUCUUUCUUGAUCAUUUGUCAAUCGAAAACGAAG